GCCACACUACCCACUUCUCUGUCUUGCCACGUCCCAUCGCAGCAUUGACAACCGCCUACCCAUCCUACACGAAGAAGAGCACCAAUAUCGGCUUUUGGAGUAAAUCCUUUAGGGCAAACGAUGGGGGCUGGAUUGAAGAUCGAGAGGGAGAGCGGGCCGCACGCCAAGAAGAGGAGAGAAGGGGAGAUCUGCGGCGGCGACCGCGACGAGGACAAGCAGAUGGUUUCCGUUGGCAGCAACUGCGGCAUCAUCGCUUUGGAGGCGCUGGACUGCACCGUCUGCAACCACCCCCUCCGGCCACCAAUCUUGCAGUGCGCCACUGGGCAUGUGAUUUGUAUGUCCUGCCAUCGCAAGCUCCGGAACAAGGACAGGUGCUACGUGUGCUCCAUUACUGGCGGCUAUCAACGCUGCAUCGUGCUCGAGAAAAUCCUGGAGUCUGUCCAGAUCCCUUGCUCCAAUACCAUGUACGGUUGCACCGUCAAGACACAUUACCUCGAGGGAGCAGAUCAUGACAAGUCGUGCCCAUGUGCACCGUGCUUCUGCCCUGAUCCUAGUUGUCACUUUACUGGCUCAACCGCAGAGCUCCUUGACCAUCUCACCCAUACGGACAACUGGCCGGCAACUGAGUUCGAGUGCGGACAGCGUUUUGACCUGCAGAUCCAGGAAGGAAUGCACGUUCUCUACACAAGGGAGGAUGGCACCCUGUUGCUGGUAAAAUUCACGCCGGUGCCGCCUUUCGGCAAUGCCGUCUCCAUCAUGUGUGUUGAUCCUCAUGCCGUGGCGGGGGACCGCAAGUUCAGGUGCCUGGUUGGUUCCAACUGCAGCACCGAUAGUUGGCGUUCAGAUUUCCGUACCAUAAGCACCAAUCUGUCCAACGACUUGCCGACGGAGGAUGGCAGCUACUCAUUGGUUGUGCCGACUCUUUCUUGUUACAGCGGCAUCAAUGUCACUAUCUCAAAGGUUACGGUGCUGUAGUCGGGGAGCUCUUCGCCACUCACGCUGACAGGUUGUGUGCUACGUGAGGAUUGUUUCCUCAGUUCAUCACUUGUUGAGCGUUUUAUUAUCCAGCCUCGAGGCUUUAGUACUUUGGUUGUGUGCAUCUUCGGCUGCAGAGAUUCUACUUGUGCCUUAAGUUAUCUAUGUGUUUGAAUUGCAUGCUGCAAUCUGAAGCCAUGGUUGAUCUGCAUUAUACUGCCAGUAACAAACUGCAAUCAAAUCACGUCUCUUGGACAAUUAGCAGCUACAUUGUUAUUUAAUGCUCAUUCCAGAUUGGUUGCUGCUCUAAACUCUGCAUAUGUAAUGUCUUCGUUUUGCUCGUGCUGUUAGCUAGAAUGGCUGCUUUAAUAUAGAUGCAGACAUUUCACUGUC